AGCGCUACAACAGACCAUGAUGAGAUGAAUUAUUUGAACCUACCCCUGCUCAAAACCUUCUGAAUCUACCUGUUCUGUCACAAGUCAACCAGAUCAACGCUCCUUGGAAUAUCAACUCCUUGGUUACCAUAGUAACCGUGGUGUUACUUGGAUUAUCAACUCCUUGGAUUGUGGUUUUCAAACACCUUAAAUAACAUAUUUUCUGGAGUAUUCUUGAAAAAAUCUUUGAAAUUGGUUGAAGAAGAGGUGUUAAAGGUACGUGUGGCGGGGUGCACCUAAGGGCUGCGCUGGGUGAUUCUUGGAGAGGGUGCACCGCACUGGUAAUGAAGAGUGCCUCUUACAUCUACAACUCUAUUCUAAGAUCAAAACGGAAGAAAACGACUGAAGAUGCGCCGAACAGGAAUGGAGAAAAAGAGAAACUUUGCUUGCAGGAUCGACACGUGACAUGCAAGCUCCACAGAGACGAUCUUAAGACUUACGUACAGUUACCAAAGGGCGUAGAAGAGGAAGAAUGGAUCGCUACUCACACGAUUAAGUUAUACGACAAUCUGCAGCUAAUAACGAACUGCCUGACAGAGUUUUGUACAGCGGAGAAUUGUCCUGUCAUGUCUGGCGGACAGAAUCUUAUAUUUUAUUGGGUUAGUGAGCGAAACAAGAAAAUGCGACCCACGGCUCCGACUUAUAUUGAAAUGGUCAUGAGCUGGACGGAGAAACAAAUCAAAGACGAAAAUGUCUUUCCUACCAAAUAUGGUAAUCAGUUCCCUCCUACGUUUAAAGACACUGUGAGGAAAAUGUUCAGAUUCUUUUUUCAUAUAAUAGCUCACAUAUAUUACUCCCACUUUCAAGACGUGAUAAAUUUCGAGUUAGUACCACACCUGAACACUCUAUUUCACCACUACGUGCUCUUCUCCCAAGAAUUUAACUUAGUGGAAGACAAAGAAAUGGCUCCCCUAGAGACCCUUAUUAAUCUGCUAAUUGGUACUAAUUAGUCCUUAAAGGGGAUAAUUACUGACUGAUUAAUCAUUGGUCGGUGGGAGUUAGCUGAAAGAGUUGUGAACUGAAUGAAUGGUCUGGGUAGAGAUUCGGGUCCGAUCAUGUAAGAUAGGAAUUUCAAGAACGAUAGUCUGAGAAGUCAUGAAAUCCUGGGGCUGUAGUUUCGGUAAAAUAACCCUGAAAUCUAGAUAAAGAGCAAAUUGGAGAUUUGUCAUCCUUUUUAGGUUUGACUAUAGCUAAGCUUAACACCGCUCAAAGUCAAAGCUGUUAUUCUACCGAGCAAAACUGAAAACUUGUUGCCCGACAUGAUAAUUAGGGAUAAUUUGAUUAUUAUCAGUUAAUUAUAGGAUCGGGAGUAGAAAUGUUGAUUAAACGCGGGGCGUGGAAUGUAUUUGUGUGGGUCACGUGAUAUUGUUGUCUUUGUCACCUGUUGCCUUGGCAACAAUCAUCUCUGCUUUCAAUGAAGGGACAAAAUUUGUCCGAGUAACGAUAUUCAUAUAUCCUUAUAUAUUUGUUUUCAACGACCUGAGACAACAGUUAUCAACAACAUUGUUGUAAAAUAUGUUGUGUAGUUGUAUUGUUGUUUUUUUCUUGCGUCGAAAUAUAUGAUAGAUUUCUUAUUUGUGUUUUGUACGACUAUGUCUAUAUAUUCUAAAUGAAAAGAGAAGGUUGUAGAAAGUUUCCCCGA